UAAAUGGAGGGGGAUUAGAAGGCAAAUAGCUUAAAGGAAAGAUGAUUAGUCCUAAAGAAAACAAACUCUAAGGAUGUAUAGUCAUUUAUAAUUCUUUUUGAGUUGGCAAAGAAAAGGAAUAUGAGAGGGUGCUCAUCAAUUGGAAGAAUGGCUAAACAAGUUAUAGCAGAUGGGAUGGAAUAUCACUGUGCUGUUUUAUCUGAUGUUCCAAAUGAAUCUGUACUGGCAUCAAAGAUCAUCAAGGAUUAAUUGUCUUCAGUGAAGGAAGAUGGUAUAAAACUAUGUCCUUGUUUCUGGUUUUUUUCUUUUUCUCCUUUGGGUGGCAGCUCAAAAAAAUAACUAAGGAGUGAGCAGGGAAAGUUGUUUUCAGGCUAAGUUGUAAAGCCAGGGGAAGGAGAAGUCGAGAAGACCUGGAUGGGAACCAUGCCCAGGGUGAAAUCAGUCUAGGACCAGUCACUGCAAGGCAGUUAUAGUGAGGCAGCUUUGCUCCCACCUUGGAUUGAACAGUACUCUGGGUUCAGGUCCUUCUCCCACCAGGAAUCACAGAAUUACAGGGUUGGAAGGGGUUUCAGAGUUUCCUUGUCCCAUGUGGACCUGACGGUACCCACUUUACUAUGCACCUGUUAGCUCGAAGACUUCCAGGCUAAGGGAGAAGCUCCUGUCUCCAGUUUUGGAAGCCACUCAUUCUGAAAUGGAUUUUCCUCGUUCAUCAUUUUACCCGUUAUCUCUCAGGAUAAAAGCCCCACCUCUCCUCCUUGUGAUAGCCCUUCAGAUCCUUGAAGACCACUCUCCUGUCCAUCCUAGACAUUCAAGGUUCCCUCAGGUGAUCUUCACUUCCUGCCCUGCUUUGGAAAAGUUCCACUUGAUCUGUGUCCUCCCUGAGUGGGGCUCCUAGAAUUGACCAUAGAGGGACUGUAACCUCCACUGUUCGGAAGGCUCUGCCUUUCUCACUUCCACCUAAGUGACAGUGGCAUUCCUGGCUUCCACCUCUUGUUAACUCCCUGGACUCCCAAACUCCAGACCUCUUGUCCACCGCCGGAGGACUGACAGGAGGCCUUCUCAGUCUCUGAUUCAGCCCAGGGCUCUUCCCCAUGAAGCUCUUCUGGAGCAGGGACUCUGACAGCCGUGAUGUUAGCUCUUCUAGGCCUCCUUCUUUGUACGACUGGCAAACGGGACCAGCGUGCCAUCUCUGCCUUUCACCAGCACUUCCUUGUAGGGGUUGCUGUGGAGUCAGUGACGUUCCAGGAUGUGGCCGUGCCCUUCACCCUGGAGGAGUGGGGGCGCCUGGGCCCUGCCCAGAAGGAGCUGUACCGGGAGGUGAUGCUGGAGAACUACCGGAACCUGGUCUGCCUGGGACUUGAAGUUUCCAAACCAGAUGUGAUCCACCAGCUGGAGCAAGGGGAAGUUCCCUGGAUCCCAAAGGGAGAAGUUCCAAGAAGUUACAGUCAAGCUUGGGGAGCCAAACCUGAAACCAAGAUGUCAGCUCUGAUGCUGAAUAUUCCAGUGGAACAAUCAUUCCAAGAAAGAAUCUCAGGGAAUAGUACCUAUAUCUCUGAAAUGGAAAAAGUCUGGGAAUGUGAUGCCAAGUUACAGAGGCAACAGAGCAAUAAGAAACAUUCUCAGCAUGUAAAAAUCACCUCAAAGAAAUCUCACAAUAAAUUAAGAGUCCAAGAGUAUAACAGAUUUGGCAGAAGCAUCAAUCGCGGACUAUUCGUUUUUCCACAACAGAGAAUAUAUGUAGGAAAGAGUCUCUAUAAAUAUGAUGCACUUAAAAAGUACUUCAGACUUCAUACAGACCUAAGAAAGUAUAGCAGAAUUUGUGUAAAAAAGAUAUUUUCUAAGUAUGAUGAAUGUGGGAAAUCUUUCAGGGAUACAACAGAGCUCACUGAAAAUGAUAAAUUAUAUACUGGAGAAAAACAUUAUCAAGGUAAUGAAAGUGGGGAAAACUUCCACCAGAAUUUACUGCUUAAUCAACCUAAUAGGAUUCAUACAGGAGAAAAGUUUUAUGAAUGUAGUGAAUGUGGGAAGGCCUUCCAAUGGAGAUCACGACUUAUUAAACAUCAGAGAAUUCAUACUGGAGAGAAACCUUAUGAAUGUAAAGAAUGUAAGAAGACCUUUCAGCAGAGAGUGCAACUUACGCAACAUCAGACAAUUCAUACUGGGAAGAAGCCUUAUGAAUGUAAUGAAUGUGGAAAAACUUUUCGUCUAAGCACGGGACUUAUUCAUCAUCAGACAAUUCAUACUGGAGAGAAAUCUUUUAAAUGUAAUGAAUGUGGGAAGGCUUUCCCUGUGAGUACAUAUCUUACUCAACAUCAGAGAAUUCAUACUGGAGAGAAACCUUAUAAAUGUAAGAUUUGUGGGAAGGCCUUCCGCCUGAGUACAGGACUUACUCAACAUAAAACAAUUCAUACUGGAGAGAAACCUUACAAAUGUAAUGAAUGUGGGAAGGCCUUCCGCCUGAGAACACAGCUUACUGAACAUCAGACAAUUCAUACUGGAGAGAAGCCUUAUGAAUGUAAUGAAUGUGGAAAGACCUUUCGCCUGAGCACAGGACUUACACAACAUCAGACAAUUCAUACUGGAGAGAAACCUUAUGAGUGUAAUGAAUGUGGAAAAGCCUUCAGUCAAAGGGCAGAUCUUAUUCGACAUCAUAGAAUUCAUACUGGAGAGAAACCUUAUGAGUGUAAUGAAUGUGGAAAAGCCUUCCGCCUGAGAACACAGCUUACUGAACAUCAGACAAUUCAUACUGGAGAGAAGCCUUAUGAAUGUAAUGAAUGUGGAAAGACCUUUCGCCUGAGCACAGGACUUACACAACAUCAGACAAUUCAUACUGGAGAGAAACCUUAUGAAUGUAAGGAAUGUGGGAAAGCCUUUAGUCAGAGGGCAGAACUUACCCGACAUCAUAGAAUUCAUACUGGAGAGAAGAUUUACAAAUGUGAUGAAUGUGGGAAGGACUUCCGAUGGAGCAGAGGACUUACACUACAUCAGAAAAUUCAUAGUGGAGAAAAACCUUAUGAAUGUAAUGAAUGUGGGAAGGCCUUUCCCCUGAGCUCAUAUCUCACUCAGCAUCAGAGAAUUCAUACUGGAGAGAAGUGUUAUAAAUGUGAUGAAUGUGGAAAGGCCUUUCCCUUGAGCUCACAACUUACUCAACAUCAGAGAAUUCACACUGGAGAGAAACCUUAUAAAUGUAAGGUUUGUGGGAAAGCCUUCCGCCUGAGCCAAGGACUUACUCAACAUCAGACAAUUCAUACUGGUGAAAAACGGUAUGAAUGUAAUGAAUGUGGGAAAACCUUUCGCCAGAGGACAGGACUUACUGAACAUCAGACAAUUCAUACUGGUGAAAAACCAUAUGAAUGUAAAGAAUGUGGAAAGGCGUUUCGCUUGAGAGCACAACUUACCCAACAUCAACGAAUUCAUACUGGUGAGAAACCUUAUGAAUGUAAAGAAUGUGGGAAGGCCUUUAACCACCGACCAGAACUUAAACGGCAUCAUAGAAUUCAUACUGGUGAGAAACCUUAUGAGUGUAAUGAAUGUGGAAAUGCCUUUCGCCUUAGCACACACCUCACUCGGCAUAAGAGAAUUCAUACUGGUGAGAAACCUUAUGAAUGCAAUGAAUGUUUAUUGUCAUUCCGCCUAAAGACACAGCUUACUCAACAUCAGAGAAUUCAUACUGGAAAGAAACUUUGAAUAUCAUGAUUAAAGGGAGAUUUUCUUCCAAAGCAAACACUUUACUCAACAUCAACUGCUUUUGAAGAAAGAAAUCUUAUGAAAAUAAUGAACAUGGAAGAACUUUAAACUAGAGCACAAACCUAAAAAUCAGAUAAUUUAUACUGGAAGGUCAUAUGAAUGUUAUGAACAGGAGAAAUUUUGCCCAGGCAGUCUUUAAUGGAAGAUAAGAGAAUUCAAACUAAAGGGAUAUCCUAUAGAUUCAGCAAGUUCUAGUGUACUUUUCAGAUCAGCUAUUCUAAAACUUACUUUCUCCCUUCUGUGCCUACUUUCCACAAUCCCCACAUGUACUGCUAGUAAUUUAGACUUAAUUUAUAACAAAAGAAUCACAAUUUAACAGGCCCUCACUUCAGAACUCUGGAAUUGUCAAGCAUUCUUUCUUCCCUUUUAGUCUCAAAAGAGGCUUUCAGGCACAGAACAGAAUUUAAAUGUUAUCAUAGUAUUCAUACUGACAGAAAACUUUUUACAGUGAAAACAGGAAGGCCUUCCACAGGAACACAUACCUUAUGCUGGAGAGAAAUCUUAUGAAUGGAAUGAACAUGAAGAUUUCAGUCAAAGCUAUCAUUCUUUUUUAGAAAUAAGUUUAGGGGGCAGCUGGGUGGCGCAGUGGAUGAAGCACCAGCUCUGGAUGCAGGAGGACCUGAGUUCAAAUCUGGCCUCAGACACUUGACACUUACUAGCCGUGUGACCCUGGGCAAGUCACUUAACCCUUAUUGCUCCACACGCAAAAAAAGUUUUUAUUGAUAUCUUCUCUGUUGCAUCAUAGUUAUCGCAGGUAUUCUUCUCCCUCCUCUUAGAGAAUCAUCCCUGUGGGCCUCCCACCUCCAUGAAUGGGCAAGUUUGGGGGUGUCCUCUCAUAUCUCUUCAUUCUAGUCCUUCUGUAUCUUUAUAAUUUUCUUACAUUUCCUUUCAAUGUUUUGGUGUCUCAUCCUUCCAUUUGCAUUGUAAUUAUUGUGUAUUUGUGUGUGUGUGUGUUUUCUUGACUCAGACUUGCCAUUCUUUACUGAAAAUUAGAGAAUCCAGACUGAAGUUGCUCAGAUGAAGUAUGUAAAUUCUUGUGUAUUUCCUCACAGUAGUUUUUCCUUUUUCUUCCCUCUCUAAUCUUUACCACAGUCUCCACACAUACUGUAGAUGACAUAAGACUCUUCAUUUGCUGAGGAAAUUAUGACAGUCUUAUUAGUGCUUGCUUAGGCCCCAUCUCUACUAAGAAACUAUUGUAAUUAACCACUCGAGGCAGCUAGGUGGUGCAGUGGAUAGAGCACCGGCCCUGGAGUCAGGAGUACCUGAGUUCAAAUCUGGCCUCAGACACUUAACACUUACUAGCUGUGUGACCCUGGGCAAGUCACUUAACCCCAAUUGCCUCACUAAAAAACAAAACAAAACAACCACUCUUCAAGACUAGAGGAAGAGAAGUAUCUUUGCACCUUCUCAAAGCUAAUUCCUUUUCUUGUGCCUUUGAUCCCAGCUCCUCCUGCCAACUCCAGGACCUCAUCCUAGUAAUCAUAUACUCUCAUUAAUUUUCAGGCUAUCCCUCCCAGUUUCAUCUUUCCCAGCUCCCUACAAUUAAAUGCUUCCACUCUAUAAAUAUUUAUCAUGUGCACAUUUCCAAUCAAUUGCCAAAUCUUGCUGUUUCUAACUUUAUAAUAUCCCACUCAUGGGGGGUGGCUAGGUGGUGCAGUGUCUGGCCUCAGACACUUGACACUUACUAGCUGUGUGACCCUGGGCAAGUCACUUAACCCCCAUUGCUCUGCCCCCCCCCCAAAAUAAUAAUAUUCCACUCAUGAAGGAACCUUAAUUUAAGUUCUUAUCACCAGGCCAAUUGCAGUAACUGCCUCUUUGAUCUCCUGACUUAAAGUGAAUGAAUGAAGCUUUUACCAUGUACCAGGUACUAUCCUGAAAGCUGGGGAUACAAAUACCAGCAAACAGUUCCUGCCUCUGUAACCUCUAGUCUCAUUAUGGAAAGUCAGCACAUAUUGGGGAGCAGCAUUCAGGUAGAAGUGUUCUGGAUAGGGCAGCCAGAGGGAAUCGUGAUUUGGAGACAGGACCAGUGACAGACACAUCUUUUCUAGGCACGAUAGCUUUGGCUUGAUUACUGUUUGCACCUAGAGCUUGAGAUGGAAGAAGAGCAUGUGUAGUGGCCUGCAGAUGGCCACAGGAAGAGGCCUACUAAGCCUGAGUCCUGGUGAGGCAAGGUUGAGUACUUACCUGUUAAAAGCUGAGUGUCAGAGGUGGCCCUCUCCAAGCCAUCCUCCAUGCAGCAUAGGUCUGUGUAUGUCUCUUCAAAUGUCCUACACCACCCUACCAUCACUGAAAAAAUUGAAACCAUUCACUCAAAGCAAUGAUGUCAUACUCAAAUAGCACUGAAUCCUUGUGGCCACGUGUUGAUUUAGAAAAACACAAAUUAGUGUGUUAAAUUGUUAUUUGUUUUGUUAAACAUUUUCCAAUUAUAUUUUAAUCUGGUUCAGUUGCCCUCUAACUUAGCUAUCCUUUACCAUUUGUUGUUUAUUAUCUCCUAUUUCCUCCUUCACUUCAGGCUCUAAAGAAGUGAUGCCCCUUGCCAAGAUUGACCCUUCUGUGUGUGCCUUAAAUCUCAUUCCUUUUUUUAUUUUACUUAUCUUCCCUCUCUAAUCAAUUUCUCCUUAUCUACUGCUUCCUUUUCUGAUGGUUAUAAAUAUGACCAAAUCUCCCUCGUGCUUGGAAAAACCUUCACUAGAUCUUACCAUGGCUGCUAACUAUAACCCUAUCUCUCCUCAGGUAAAGUUCUUUAAAAAGUGGCUUACACAGUGUUUCUAUUCUCACACUUUAUUCUAAGCCCUUUGCUUCCUGGGUUGAUACCUCAUCAUUAAACUGAAAUGUAUUCUCUCUAGAAGUUACUGAGCUCUUAAUUGCCAAAUCCAAUGGCCCUUUCUCAAUCCUCAACCCUUCUGCAACAUUUUGCAGUUGACUUCCUUUUCCUCUGGGAUACCCUCUACAUACCAGGAUUUUGAGGUUCUUCUUUCUCCUGGUUGUCCUACCUGUCUGACCUCUCAUCAGUCUCCUAUACUGCAUCGUCAUCCAGGAUGUCCCCUAAAGAUCUGUUCUCCCUUCUCUUUUCCUUUUACUCAUUAAGUGAUCUUGCCAACUCUCAUGGACUCAGUUAUCUGUGCAGAUGAUUCUCAGAUCUAUGUAUCCAACAUAGCCUCUAUCCUACAAUCCAUUUUCACACUACCAACUGCCUAGUAGACAUUUUGAACUGGAUUGCCUCCCGGGCAUCUCAAACUUAACAUCUCCAAAACAGAACUCAUAUCUUCCCCAAACCCUCCCCCUUUUCAAACCUCACUAUUCCUGCUGAGGGCACUGCCAUCUUCCCAGUUACCCAGUUUUGUGAUCUCAGUGUCAAUUCUUGAUUCCUCACAUUCACUCACCCUACAUAUUCACUUAAUUGUAAAUCUUGUCAUUUCUUUCCCCCAACAUACAACCCCUUCUCUUCACUCAUACAGCCACCACCACAGUUCAGAGCCUCAUCACUACCACCUUCUAAUUGGUCUGUCCAUCUCAAGUCUCUUCACCCCAAUCUUUCCUCUGUACAACUGCCAAAAAAAUAAAAAAAAAGUUUAUUCCAAACUUGAUAAACACUUCCACAUCCAAGAACAGAAAAAAGAUUUUAUACGAAACUGAAUUUAUUGUG